ACUGGCAUCUAUGAGGUAAAGACACGACUACAUUUCAUAUUUUCUGCUGCACUGGAUAUUUUCUGCUGCACUGGAUACCGACUGUUAAACAGCACCAGUGACACCAUGACAACCAACUGUUCAUUUAAUGAGGUGGACAACCUGAUGAAAUCUUUAGAGCUUGCCAUCUACAUACCCAUAUUCGUCUUUGGUCUGAUCCUGAAUGUUGCAGCGCUGUUUGUGUUCUGCAUCCUUUUGCGAAAAUGGACGGAGUCAACUAUCUACAUGACCAGCUUGGCUCUGAUGGAUCUGCUCCUCCUCUUCCCUCUUCCCUUCAAAAUGCAUGCGACCAAUCAAUGGUGGCCUGGCAACCUUCAACCUCUCUGUUCAGCCUUGGAAAGCCUGUACUUUGUUGGAAUAUAUGGCAGCAUCUACACCAUCGUGUGUAUUGCUGUGGACAGGUGGAUGGCUAUCUGUCACCCAUUCAAAGCUAAGCAGAUGCGUUCACCCAAAGUAGCUCUGGGCACCUGCGUGUUGGUGUGGGUGCUGGUGCUGGCAGUGAUCUUUCCAACCAUGUCCAGCUUCAGGGAUGAACAGAAGGAAAACUUUCACUGCUUCCACGGGUUUUCAAAGAAUGGCUGGCGCCCUGGAGUGAUCAUCUGUUUGCAGGUGUUUGGGUUUCUGGUGCCUGCACUGGUGGUCAUUUACUGUUCGACCCAGACCAUCCUGGCACUUCGGCAAUCUGGCCAGCACAGCCGUCAGAGCCGGGCCUGCGUGAAGAUUAUCUGCAGCAGUCUGUGUGCCUUCCUGAUGCCUUUCACCCCGAGCCACCUCGGUAUCCUUCUGCAGUUCCUGGUGCACCAAGACGUGAUUCAGGAAUGUUCCACCAAGACCAGCAUCAGCCUGUUCAUACAGGUAGCUAUGUGUCUGUCCAACAUCACCUGCUGUCUGGACGCUCUAUGCUACUACUUCAUCGCCCAUGAGGUGAGGAGCCCCAGACACUCAUUCAGGAUGUCAAGGACCAGCCAAAGAAGAGCCACUUUCAGCACAUCAGAGGUUUGAACAUGAGACAAUGACAGUUCAAGUUAAAAUAUAAUUUGUCCUCAAAGGACCACUGGUAGUGAAUGCAAGAUCUGGCUUCUUGAGUUUUAGGAGGACAAUAAAACAAGGGAAGAACCAGUACCUGAUAGGCAAUGCACUAAGAGAAAUGGGUGGCAGUGAAGCAGGUCAGAGUGCAAUCUUAAUUAAGCACAGAGCUGAGAAUAAGGCUAACCUGUUGUGUAGGAAAAGAUCUGACAAGCAAUGAUAUAUAUUUUGGUCCGGUGGCAGGAAGCCAGUAGGCACUUCUGUAACCUCAAAGAGCUCCAAUACCCAAAUGUAGGGUUGCAAAAAGAAACUCCUGUAACAACACAAUGUUUUUCUAGAACAAGCUUGUGAAAUGGCUCAAAACACGGCAGGCCGUCCUCAGUCCUACACACCCACAAUGAGAAACUGAUGUGGGCUAUGAUUAAUUUUGAAGCACUGGCAUAUGUUUUCACAAAGUCAGACACAGAGUAUGUAAACUGCGCUUUUACUGAAGAUCUCAUUAAAAGACAAGAUCAAUCACGUAAGAUAAGAGCAGAUACAUUUUGGACCAAUUUGGUUCUAUAGAUACCGUUCGUAAAUUAUGAAACGUCUUAUAAGACACAGAUAAUAUCAUAUUUAUGUAGUAUUGAUAUAUCAUCUCUCAUACAAAACACAGAUGUACAUAAAAAGUCAACUAGAAACAAAUAAAGAAUUAAAACUGACAAGAGUAACUACAUUAUUAACAAUGACAUAUUCAUUUAAUUAUUAAUUUCCAUACUCCAUUAUCUAGCAUAUGAAUUAUUCAUAAUCCAUAAAUCUCACAAACAACAUCACCCAGCUGUGAUCUUGUGUGUUGAAACACAAGAACUGAAUUCAUUAUUAUCAUUUAAUUAUCUUUGAUCACUUGUUUAAUAACAGCUGAUUUUAUAAACCUUAAAUGAUACUUAAAAACAUUUUAUUUUAAUUGUUAACUUUUUCUUGGUUUGUUCUUUGGCACAUUGUGACUUCUUUCUUGUAGCACAAGUAGCCUUAUCUAUCACUGAUUAAUAAGUAACUGUAAUUAUAGUAUCAGAAAUAUAUUUAAUACAUACAAAUUUAAUCUUUAGAAUUUGAUGCAGAGAGAAGUUACAUUUAUGGAUCCAUCUUGUUAAUCACUGUAUAUAAAUAAGGUCCACGGCUGCCCUGACCUUAUUAAUGCAAACAAAAAAAAAUAUUCUGGAGGAUUAUAUUUAUCAAAUAAUCCUGACAUAAAUGAUGAGGCAAAUAAGUGAGUCUGCUAAAAGUUUUAUGAAUAGAAACUGACUGUUUUGUUUAGAUAUUUAUUUUCUUUAUGUCCACAUGUACUUUUUGUUUGAAUUUCUUUUUUUAAUCUUUGUAACAUACUGUAGCUUCAUACAUGUGAACUAGUCUAAUGUGAAAUCAUGCAAGGCAGCUGUUAAUUAUAGUCGGCCUGAGCUGUAUAUUUCAAAACUGCUGAUAGGACUGUUAAGAUAUUAGUAUGUUUACGAGGGGGUGUAAUUUACAUGAACGCUCCCAAAGCUAAACCCCUGUUGGGAAGUUGUGCAUUGAGUCGACUGCAGCCUUAUCUUGCUCACGUUGAACAGAGUCACCAUGUGAUAACAGUGAAAGAUUUGGGGGAUUUACAGUACAUUAAUGCCGUUUUUAUGAUAUAGUAUAAUCUGUGAAACGAUCUCCUCUAAAACCAGAAGCAAGACGUGAAUCUGUCAUGAGCUGAUACUUUCAUUUUUGCACCAGCCUCCUCUUUGUUAAGUUUCACUGUUAUUUGUUGGCAACCAGUUCUGUUUAGUUUCUGUUACUGUGAUAUAUACAUACUUCUUUUCAAAAAAAAAAUUUUUUGAGUGAAAUUUAUUUUAGUGACGUCAUGGAGCUUCCUCAGCUGACCUGCACAGUUUGUGUGGUUUGGUUUUGUUUUCUUCUCUCUAGUCUAGUUAACUGAUGUAAACCCAGACAAAACACAGUGAUGUAAACGUAAACUCAAUGCUUAUCACUGACAGGAGGACAGUGUAGAUUCUAUUUGUAUUUUAACACAAUAAGCUUUGCUGAUAUGGCUUAUAUUAUUUCUGUUCUGGCUCAAACGUUAUGACAUGACUCAUGGAUCACUUUGGCCUUUGAAGAAAAUUACAAUAGUAAUAUCUCUACUUCUCAACUUUUAUUUUUGCACCUAGUUGCAUUAAUUUUGAAACGGAAGAGGGCAAUUUGAGUUCUCUUCCUUUUUUAAAGUGAAACAUGACUAACCACAAAACGUUAAUCAAGUGAUACUUUUACCACGAUGACGCUGCAUUUUUUCUGUUCUGUAUUUGAAAACAUGCUGCAUAUCCUGGCUGAACUGAUCAAAACUGUGUGUUUGUUUCAGUGACAUUAUGUCUAUACUUGCUGUGAGGAAGUUGACAGAGGAAAAAUAAAAGUCUUUGUUUCCCUUUCUA